AUGGCUGCCCGCGAAGUCGAACGAUACAAUAAGGCGGUCAGGAGGAACAUCAGCUCCUUGCUGACGAAAUGCGAAAAUUACAGCAGUCUAGGGGGCAUCGAACUCGCUCUGUACAUCUCCUUCCCCCAAAAUGGAGGCUUCGUUUCAUACGAGUCGGCCAACCUCAACUGGCGCCAAGAUAUUGAAGCCAAGGAGCUAAGCGGCGUCUUAGAGAGCACGCGCGAGGUCCUCUUCCAGAAUAGCCAGCGGCUCGCCAUCCGGCUAGAGGCCCGGCUAGAGGGGAUUCAGGACGUCCUCAAUGCCCUCCUCCAGGGCAGGGUCCCUAUCACUACCGGCUACUUCGGAGCCGGGCCAGCAGUCGCGCUGGCGCCGGCGCCGGCGCCCUCGACAGCUCCUACCUUGAAUUUCAAUACGGCCCUGGCCCCGGCCCCAGAGCCUCUGGUACCAGGUAUGCCCGUCGUUACAGCCCUGGCUAGGGUCUUUACGGUGGGGGACGUCUGGAUGGAGUGGGAGGAAGGGAUUGCAGGCCAGCCGGCCGUACGGGUGCUGGAAGAGACGUGGGGAAGCCGAUGGCGCCCGGGGAACGGGGUCAAGGUGCAGUUCUGUCGCCGGAAGGUGAUCUGGGACGAGCUCUUGGCCCGUACGGCGUCCGGUAAGAGCAAGGAGGAGGCCGUUGUAGAGCUAGAGCUCUUACGCGCCGGCCGGAGCUUGAACCGGCUCGUCGACGAGCUCAAAAAGCGCCGGCAACGGGGCCAGGGUCAGGGCCAGAUACGGGUACAGGUAGGGACCCCCGUGCCCGAUGACCCAGGCCCAGGCCAGGGACCAGGUCCGACUCGGGGCCAGGGCCAUCGGGGGCGCUGGACCCGGCUAGGGAGGAGGCGAACCGCCCCUCGUCGACGGUAA